AUGGCAAGCUUUAGGAAUGUUGGCUUUGCAUGGGGUUCUGUUCUAUGGCUUUUAGUCUUAGCUACUUGUGAAGCUGGGCUUCCUACCUCUGGAUUCAUUCAAACUAGAAAUACCCAAUUUGUCCUAAACAGUUCCCCAUUCCUUUUCAAUGGGUUCAACUCCUAUUGGAUGAUAAAUGUUGCAGCACAGCCAAGUCAAAGGUACAAAAUAUCCAAUGUCUUUCGCCAGGCUGCUGCCGGAGGUCUCACUGUCUGUCGAACAUGGGCAUUUAGUGAUGGAGGUGAUCAAGCUCUGCAGAUUUCUCCUGGGGUUUACAGCGAGCCUGUCUUUCAGGGACUUGAUUUUGUGAUUUCUGAGGCAAGAAAGUACGGAAUUCGCUUAAUCUUGACAUUAAGCAACAAUUAUCAUGACUUUGGAGGAAGACCGCAGUAUGUGAAUUGGGCUAAAGCCGCAGGAGUGCCAGUAAACAAUGAUGAUGAUUUUUAUACAAACGCAGUUGUGAAGGGCUAUUACAAGAACCAUGUCAAGAGAGUGUUAACAAGGAUUAACACAAUCACUAGAGUAGCUUAUAAGGAUGAACCAACUAUCAUGGCGUGGGAAUUGAUGAACGAACCACGCUGCCAGGUUGACUACUCAGGAAAGACUGUAAAUGGAUGGGUUCAAGAGAUGGCACCCUAUGUUAAAUCUAUUGACAACAAGCAUUUGUUGUCAGUAGGCAUGGAAGGCUUCUACGGGGACUCUAUUCCUGACAGGAAGCAAUACAAUCCUGGUUACCAAGUUGGCACAGAUUUUAUUAGCAACCAUCUCGUCAGGGAGAUUGAUUUCGCUACAAUACAUGCGUACCCUGACAUAUGGGUAUCUGGACAGAAUGAUGAUGCGCAAAUGGGAUUCAUGCAAAGGUGGAUGUCAAUUCAUUGGACAGACUCAAAGACAAUAUUGAAGAAGCCACUGGUUUUUGCUGAAUUUGGGAAAUCAAAGAAAGAUCCAGGAUACAGUACAAGUGUGAGAGAUUCUUUCUUGGAUACAGUCUAUACGAGCAUCUACAACUUUGCUAGAAAUGGAGGGACACUUGGUGGUGGCUUGGUUUGGCAGAUUUUGGCUGAAGGCAUGGAUUCAUAUUAUGAUGGAUACGAGAUUGUUUUGUCUCAAAAUCCAUCAACAAGCAGUGUCAUUGCUCAACAAUCCAAUAAGAUGACUUCUCUUGAACACACAUUGAGAAGGCGAACUUGA